UAUGUGGCCGUGACCGGGUCCCAACCGCAGUGAGUCCCACAGCCAGGAGCCAGCUUGUCCGCACGGUGCCCACCUGAGCACACGGGUCUCUGCCACUGAGAGGGAGGAAAGGUUUGGCUCUGAAGCGAUAGGUUUUUAUUCCCUGGGAGAAAUCUAUCAGUGAAACUGCACAGUGGUCCGAGGGGCCAAGAGCCUCAGGAUGAGGAAGCACACAAUUGUGGCCGUCACGCUGGUCGUGGUCUGUGCCGGAGUUCUCCUCCCUUUCAUCUCGAGAGGCAAAGGACUCCUCUGGGGAAAGGCCAGAAACGCUCAUGUUCGCAGUGUGUUGGAGGCCAGUGAGCGCAUGGUGGACAGGGCCAUCUACGCCUCCCUGGAAAGGAACCACAGAAAGAGGGACAUCACUUCUCCAUCUCAGCUGCUGUCUUUUUCCAAGCUCCCCGAGCCCACAAGCAGAGCUAUUUCCCGAGCUGCGGAGAUCGCGGAAGCCUCCAUCCAGGCACUGGGGCUGACGCAGCCGCUGGCUUCCCCGGAGGUUUUAUCAGAAGAACUACUGAACAUGAUCGCAAAUCUGUCUGGGUGCCUACCUUACAUGCUGCCGCCAAAAUGUCCCAACACUUGCUUGGCGAACAAGUACAGACUCAUCACGGGCGCCUGCAACAACAGGGAACACCCUACCUGGGGCGCCUCCAACACUGCCCUGGCCCGAUGGCUCCCCCCAGCCUAUGAAGAUGGCUUCAGCCAGCCCCGGGGCUGGAAUCCCGACUUCCUGUACCACGGCUUCCGGCUGCCCCCGGUACGAGAGGUGACGACGCAAGUGAUUCGGGUUCCAAAUGAGGCGGUGACUGAAGAUGACCAGUAUUCCGACUUCCUGACGGUGUGGGGACAGUACAUCGACCAUGACAUAGCGCUCACCCCACAGAGCAGCAGCGCCGACUGCCAGCUGGCCUGUGAGAACCGGAGCCCCUGCUUCCCCAUACAGCUCCCCGCCGACACCCCGCCGGUUCCCCAGUGUCUGUCCUUCUCUCGCUCGGCGGCGGCCUGCGGUUCAGGGCUGCGUAGCGCGCUCCUGGCCAACCUGUCAGCGGCGGCCGCGCGGCAGCAGAUGAAUGCGCUCACCUCCUUCCUCGACGCCUCCACUGUCUACGGCAGCUCCGCGGCCGCAGAGCGGGACUUGCGCGACUGGACCGCGGGGCCCGGGAGGCUCCGGGUCAACGCUCGCCACCGCGAUGCCGGCCGCGCCUUCCUUCCCUUCGCGCCGCUGCGCACACCCGCUGCCUGCGCUCCUGCGCCCGGCGCGCCGCGCCUGACCCGCAUGCCCUGCUUCCUGGCUGGCGACGGCCGCGCCAGCGAGGUCCCCGGGCUCGCAGCCCUGCACACGCUGUGGCUGCGUGAGCACAACCGCCUGGCCGCGGCGCUCGAGGCCCUGAACCCGCACUGGAGUGCGGAGACGGUGUACCAGGAGGCGCGCAAGGUGGUGGGCGCUCUGCACCAGAUCAUCACCCUGAGGGAUUAUGUGCCCAGGAUCCUGGGUCCCGAUGCCUUCCGGCAGUAUGUGGGCCCCUAUGAAGGCUACAACUCCACUGUGAACCCCACAGUAUCCAAUGUAUUCUCCACGGCCGCCUUCCGCUUUGGCCAUGCCACCAUUCACCCACUGGCGAGGCGGCUGGAUGCCACCUUCGAGGACCACCCAGACCUCCCCCCGCUGCUGCUGGGGGACGCCUUCUUCAGCCCCUGGAGGCUCAUCCAGGAAGGUGGUGUGGACCCCAUUCUGCGGGGCCUUCUUGCCAGGCCGGCCAAGCUGCAGGUGCCCGAGCAGCUCAUGAACGAGGAGCUGACAGAGAGGCUCUUUGUGCUGUCCACUCCCGGCUCGUUGGACCUGGCAUCGCUCAACCUGCAGAGGGGCCGGGACCACGGCCUGCCAGGGUACAAUGCAUGGAGAGAGCUCUGCGGCCUGCCCAGGCUGCAGACCCCGGCAGAACUGCGCAGGGCCGUCGCCAACAGGAGCGUGGUGGACAGGAUCAUGGCCCUGUACGGGCACACGGACAACAUUGACGUCUGGCUGGGUGGCCUCGUUGAGGACUUGCUGCCGGGGGCCCGGACCGGCCCUCUGUUUGCCUGCAUCAUUGGAAAGCAGAUGAAGGCCCUGAGGGACGGGGACAGGUUGUGGUGGGAGAACAGCCCUGUCUUCACAGAAGCGCAGCGGAGGCAGCUGGGGAAGCACUCGCUGUCCAGGGUCGUCUGCGACAACUCCGGCCUCACCCAUGUGCCCAGGGAUGCCUUCCGUGUUGGGCGGUUCCCCCAGGACUUUGAGUCCUGUGAGCACAUCCCUGGCCUGGACCUGGAACCGUGGAGGGAGAUGUUCCUGCAAGGACACACUCCGCUACAGAAUCCACACUGCCAGUCACUGAGGGAGAUGCAGAAGUCCCUGCCCAGCAGGGAUGCAAAAUCUGUUGGGAAGUGGGGACCUCCAUGUACAGCGCUGCAGCUCUGGACCUGGAGCAGGAACCGGCCUAUGGCUCACAGAUCCCUCUCUGUAUGUAGCUGAGCUCUGCUUGGAAUCCCGGUCUUGCCAAGGGUCCUCAUGCAUGGCCUUGCAGACUCCAUGUCCGGAGUCUGCAACCUUCUCCUCAGCAAGGUGGCAGAGGAUGGCAAAUCUCAACGGCCUUUGGGGUAGUGACUCCUGUGUCAGGCGACUCUGUCUUGUGUGAAGUCUGAGGCUCCGUGGAAGUGAAGCUGGACAUCGCUGCAUUUGUCCUGAGUUUUGCAGCACAGGGGGAGAGGGACAAGGGGGCAGGGCGGGACUGACACCCUGCUGAGUCACCUGAUUAGGACCAGCGGCCACAGACUCCAGACACUGCUAAACAGUCUGUGUCACAUGUCUCCAGAGACCGGCUUCCAAAUCAGAGACAUGUAGUAUCAUGUUCUGCUUACUCUAGAGCACGCAUGAAUAAACGCCAUGGCCUCACA